AUGGGCACCGAGACCGUCGAACUCGGAGCGGAAGGCGUCAAAGCGGUGAAUCAAAUCGUCAAACAUCUGGCGGACCACGGGAUCCAUGGCGCCGUGGGAGCGUUGAAGGCGGGUGAAGUGGGGAUGGGCGGGUGGGAGGAUCUCCAGCACGGGCGGUGGCCGGGGGUCGACGGCUCUGUGGGCCGACGAGGUGGACCUCAUGCCGACUCGGGCUUCUCGUUACAAGACACGCAUGCCCAUUCUGGCCUAGACAAUUUGAUGUUGCUGACUCUCUUCCUCUUGGGCCUUGGUGCUGCCGACGGUCCCCAGGGUGAGGCUUGGGGAGUCCUAGAACAGCGUGCUGGUAACUACACGGCUGCCAGAAGAUUGUUGAGGUCUUCGCUGAGUAUAAACUCUCAAAGUGAGGUGACAUUGAUGACAUGGGCAACACUUGAGGAGGAACAGGGGGAUCCAGUUCGAGCUGAAGAAAUUCGGAACCUUUACUUUCAGCAGCGUACUGAAGUUGUGGAUGAUGCCUCAUGGGUCAUGGGCUUCCUCGACAUCAUCGACCCUGCCCUAGACAGCGUGAAGAAGCUGCUAAACCUAGAUCAGCCUUCUAGGCCGACGAGGCAAGAUGAUGUUAAAAGCACUGCCAGGAGUUCUGCAGCUGGGGAGUCUUCAGAAACUUCUGCGGCUGUAGGUUCAGAUUCCUCUGACCUUACGAGCAAUGAUGCUGGUAACAACGGGAGCGAAGCAACGGGGACUCCAACAAGUGAUUUCGAUUUGGAUGGUUUCAUCAAAAAGAGGUUGACCCUCAACCCGGCGGAGCUGGAUGCCGUGCUCGAGGGCUCUGACCCGAGGGGUGUUGUUUCUCAGAGGAGGAAACAGCGGCUGCCCAGGAAGCCACUCCCUCUUCUCCCUGUCCCGUAA